AAGUAGAAACCAGGUUUUUAUUGUUUUAUCUUAUAGUUCGUUGAUCCCCAACCGCUUUUUAAUCUUUACAAUUCUUGUAUGGCUCUUACUUAGCAGAUUGUUGUCUCACUCUGUUGUUCUUCAAACUAAAUCUUAAAACCUGACACCCUGCAACAACCUUAAACAUUGUCGACAACUGAAACAAGAACAUAAAGACAAAGCCGUGCCUUGCCCUAAAAUCCACCGCCUGAUCGUAUAUUAAGACAACCCAAGAUAAUAAAGAAGGGAAAGAAAUUAAAGGCUCCCAUGGAUUUUUUUUGAUUGGUUAUCUCUUGGGAUCCAUUUUUUAUUUGAGGUAAAGUCCAUGGACUCAAAGCCCCAUGUCUCUUUUUCUGCAGCAGAAGACACCCAAUCUUCAUCAGGUUCUUUACUUAUCCGAGCUCCUUUAACUGCUGAUUCUGAUUUUGAUUAUGGAUCCAACAGUAAUGAAACUGAAAGCACUAGUGGUGGGAGUACUGUAAAUAGUUUUGAGAACAACAACAACAAUGACGAUAGUGAGUUGGAGUUGGGAAUUAAGGAGUUUUUUAGUGGGGAUGAGGAGUUUGACGCUAGUUCUGAGAUGUGGAGGCUUGGUUUAGAUGAGGAUAAUGAUACUGAUAGCUUAGAGAAUUCAUCGGUAGAUGAGGAAAAUAGUGGGGUUAGCAUUGGUUUCAUGGGGAGUUUUAUCUCAAACCUGAUUGUUCCUAUUGCUCAAUUGUCAAGGGAUAAUGAAGGGUUUUCCGAAAUGUUUACUGAUGAUGAGAAAAUGGUGACUGAUGUUGAAGAUGGAGAGUUUUCUGGUGUGAUUCAGGUUGAAAGUGAUUUGGAAGAUUUUAUAGCUAAAGGUAAAGGCCUUAGUUUGGAUGUUUCUAAAUUUGAUGACGGCAUACCACUGCAAAAUCCGGAUGAUGAGAGGAUCGAAUCGAAACCUGUUGACAAGAUUGUUGUGUCUGAUAUGGAGGAAUUCAAAGUUGAGGAAACAAGGGUGGAGGUAGGAGAGCCAAUGAGUUGCGAAAGUACAGAGUGCAACAAUGGUGAUAUUAUAAUUGUAAAUACUGGGAAUGUAAGCUUGUUUAAAACUGCUGAUGGUGAUACUAAUUCUGAUCCCUUCAAAUUUCCAGCUUCAGUAUUAGGUCUAGACCAAGAAAUUGAACCAGAAGUAGAAGCUAUAGAUAAGCAUAUUGCGGAUAAUGUUUGCAUUUAUGAUGAAAGUGUUGUUCAAAUGAUAAGUAGAAGCUCUGAAACAACCUCCACAUCUCUUUCAAAGGUAGCUUUUGAGGAUCAAAUAUGGAUAACAAGUCAGCAGAUUGUAAUGGAUUCUGAUGAAGCGGAAGCAAAGAUGGAGCAUGAAGCUAAGGAACUGUUUAAUUCUGCUGCAUUGGCUACUCUUUCAGAAGAUCCGACAGUUGUUGAAACGGAUGGUGGUGGCCUCACAGUCAUUUCCCCUUGUGGUUCUAGAGUAUUCUCUCUCGACUGCGCUGCUCAUUCAGGUUCUUCAUUCCAUUCUUUGAAAGUUGCUCCAUCAAAUAUGGAUAACAUUUCCUUCGAGGAGAAUCUAAGUGAUGAAGAUAAGCUGUUUGAGAGGUUACAACUAAUAAGAGUGAAAUUCUUGAGACUUAUUCAUAGACUAGGUCAUUCUCCCAAUGAUCCCAUGGUGGCUCCAGUACUGUACAGACUGGCCCUAGCUUCAGGUAACCCUUUCUGUCAAGAAUUCACCCUUGAAUCUUCCAUGAAAACAGCUAUGCAACUUGAAGCAGAAGGUAAAGAUGAAUUGGACUUUUCUUUGACUCUUUUGGUUCUUGGAAAAACUGGAGUGGGAAAGAGUGCAAGCAUUAAUUCCAUUUUCUGUGAGCAAAAAUCCAUGAUUGAUGCGUUCGAACCAGCCACAACCACGGUAAAGGAGAUUGUUGGAACAUUUGAUGGAGUUAAGAUCAAAAUCUUUGAUACGCCUGGUCUUAGAUCUCCUGUGACGGAAGAAGCAACUAAUUGCAAACUAUUGGCAUCCAUAAAGAGGUCUAUAAGGAAGUUCCCGCCAGAUGUUGUCCUCUAUGUCGAUCGUUUAGACACAUAUGAUAGAGAUCUUACGGACUUUCUAUUACUAAAGUCACUUACUGAUUCACUAGGUUCAUCAAUAUGGGAAAAAGCCAUUGUAACUCUUACUCAUGCUGCAUCUGCUUCCCCCGAGGGACCAGUGGGGGAACCCUUAAGUUUUGAGGCCUUUGUAGCUCAAAGGUCUAAUGUGGUUCAUCGAGGUAUCAGCCAAGCAGUUGGAGAUCUGCUGCUAAUGAAUCCAAGUAUGAUGCAACCUGUGGCUCUUGUUGAGAACCAUCCAUUGUGUCAGGGAGACAGAAAUGGAGAAUUCUUGCUUCCAAAUGGGAAAACUUGGAGAUCACAGUUGCUACUCUUAUGUUAUUCAGUGAAGAUCUUAUCCGAAGCAAGUUGUUUGUCGAAACCACAAGAUCCUUUGGAUCACCAUAAGCUUUUUAGCUCGCAAAUUCAUUCCCCGCCUCUACCUUACUUCUUGUCUUCUCUAUUGCAAUCUCGUCCUCAUCCAAAACUACCUAACAAUCAGGGUGAUGAGGAUGUCAUCUUAGAGAUUGAAUUGGGAGACUCAUCAAAUUAUGAUGAAUAUGACAAGCAUCCACCCUUCAAGUCUCUAGGAAGGUCUCAGGUUGAUAAACUUUGCAAGGAGCAGAGAAAACCUUACUUUGAAGAGAAUGAUUAUCGUGUGAAGCUACUUCAAAAGAAACAAUGGAGAAAUGAUGUGAAAAGAUUGAUGGAAACUAAGAAGAAAGAGAAAGAUGGUGAUGGUAAUGAUGAUGAUGAUGAUGUUGGAGAUAAUGCAAACAUUGAAGAAGUGGAUCCGACUACUAUAUCGGUUCCCUUGCCUGAAAUGGUCCUUCCUCCUUCCUUUAAUGGGGAUAACCCGACAUACCUGUAUCGAUUUUCAGAAUCUGCAUCUCAGCUUCUCACGAGGCCAGUUUUGGACUCACAGGUUUGGGAUCGUGAUAUUGGAUAUGAUGGUGUUAGCCUUGAAAGAAGUCUUGCUAUAGCUGGUUACUUACCAGGGGCAUUUGCUGUUCAAAUCACCAAGGAUAAAAGAGAGUUCAAUGUCCAUUUGGAUUCUUCAGUCCAUUCAAAACACAGAGGGAAUGGAUCAACAAUGCUGGGAUUCAAUAUCCAAACUGUUGGAAAACAGCUUGCAUAUGUCUUAAGGACCGAAACAAGAUUCAGAAAUUUCAACAUAAACCGAACAACUGUAGGUUUAUCAGGUACUUUCUUUGGCGGAAAUAUGGCUACGGGAGUUAAGAUCGAGGAUUGGAUUUCAAUAGGAAAAAGGUUGGUUUUGGCUGGAAAUGCUGGGGCAGUGGCAUGUCAAGGUCAAGCAGCAUAUGGAGCCAACAUUGAGAUCCGAUUAAAGGAUAAUUUUCCUGUUGAGCAAAUCCAGACCAUACUUGGACUGUCUUUUGUGAAGUGGAGGCAUGAUCCAGCUCUAAUGGAUAACCUACAAUCUCAAUUCUCUAUUGGAUGCAGUUCUUCAGUGGCUGUUCAUGGGGGAUUGAAACACCAAUUUUGUGGGCAAAUCACUCUCAAAGUAAGCAGCUCAGAACAAUUAUACAUGACAUUUGCUUCUUUAAUUCCAAUUGCAGUCUCCAUAUUUCGGAUGAUCUAUCCUGGCUCUGAUAUAAAAAAGUUCUAAAUGCUAAGCAUUUUCAUGAUUGGAGGCCAGUAACACCCUUAGAAUGAUGUUAAAUUUUAUCUAGUCUUACCAAUGUCAUUUAUUUUGUACUAGGU